AUGUUGACUACAACCCCAUCCGGAUCCUCCAAACAUACAAGAUCGGAAGAUGAAGAUCAAAUCCACUGGUUUCACCGCUUCGGGGAUCUCCAACUUCGUUCUACCGACAAGAUCAUUUUCACGGUAUUCUCUGAGCGUCUUAGAGCCGUGAGCUCCGUGUUCAAGGACAUGAUGGACAUUGGUCAACAAAAGUCUUCUACGACCGGAACCAAACGAAAAUCACCUCCUGACGCUGACGUUAUCGACGUUGGCUUCGAAUCGAAAACCCUCGAAAUCUUCCUCGACAUGAUCAACGUUCCCAAGCCCAGUCCCCUGACAACCGAUUUCGUCUGCUCUCUUCGACUCCAUGAAUUCUGCGAUAAGUUCGACAUCACUGGGAAUAUCAAAGAUAUGGUGAAGACAAGACUUCUCCAGUGCACAUCUGAGUCUUAUGCUUGGGAUUUGUUAAUAUGGUCAGCCGAACGAAAUGAUACCGACAUGGCCCGAAAAGCCUUGGCUCGUAUGACUGGCCGCGCUUUCAUCUCCCCUCAAUUCCUCGACAACAAAAGCAACGCAAGGAUCAGCAUCGACUUCUGGGCAGCUAUUUCCAAAUUACCUGCCAUAUGGCAACAUGAUCUCCUUCGUCUUGCUCUCCAAUCUGACAAGCCUUCAGAAGGCAGAUACAGCUAUCUGGCGGGGCCCCACUUAGCCGUAACUACUGACUGGUCUUCGUUGGCUACCAGAUUCAAGCCUUCAGAGUAG